ACAAUCGGUCGGCGUUAACGUUAUUACUGUGGCCAAACUUGAGGCAGGCGCUGAGCUCCUGCGUCAGACUUUACGCACCAUGCGCCCUGUGCGACUGGAGGCUUUGUGAUUUCGCAUCUCUCUCAGAGAUGCUGCACACGGACACGGUGCCUUGAAUGAAGAUACCGUGCGCUCACUUUGGAUUCACACCGUCACGCUGACUUGGACGUUACAAGCGGCUCUGCGCACUACACCAGAUUUAAGAAAAAAAAGCACAACUUUCUUUCCCUGGCACCUUCCCAGCUUCUUCCAUCUCCUCAUCUCACGCUCUCCCCUUCUUGUUGCCACCGCCGUCACCCCUCUGAAGGAGCCCCUGUGUCGCAGCCAUGCCAAAGAACACCAAGGUGACCCAGCGGGAGCACAGCAAUGAGCCUGUCACUGAGUCUGUGGCUGACCUGCUGUCUCUGGAGCACCCCAUGGACUAUAAGAGCAGUCAGAUGAGUAUGGGCCUGAGUCCUGCCUCGACUGCUCCAGGAAAGGCCCUGCUGCCCUCUCCCGACCCAGACGCUGAGGAUGGCCGACCGGCUUGGAACAACAAGCUUGAGUACAUUCUGGCCCAGGUGGGCUUCUCUGUGGGUCUGGGUAACGUCUGGAGGUUUCCCUACCUUUGCCAGAAGAACGGUGGAGGUGCAUACCUGGUGCCCUACUUCAUUCUCCUCCUGCUCAUUGGCAUCCCAUUGUUCUUCCUGGAGCUGGCGGUGGGUCAGAGGAUCAGGCGCGGCAGCAUCGGGGUGUGGAACUACGUCUACCCACAGCUGGGAGGCAUCGGGGUUUCCAGCCUGAUGGUUUGCGGUUUUGUGGGCCUCUAUUAUAACGUGAUUAUCGGCUGGAGCAUCUUCUAUUUCUUCCAGUCUUUCCAGUAUCCACUGCCUUGGGCUGAGUGCCCCAUCCAGAGAAAUGGAACCCAAGCCAUCGUGGUGCCUGAGUGUGAGAAGAGCUCAGCCACCACUUAUUUCUGGUACCGGCAGACUCUCAACAUAACCAGCAGCAUCGACGACACCGGCGGCCUGAACUGGAAGAUGACCCUGUCCCUGCUGGUUGCUUGGAUCCUGGUCUGCAUGGCCGUCAUCAAGGGCAUCCAGUCCUCUGGGAAGGUGAUGUACUUCAGCUCUCUCUUCCCGUAUGUGGUGCUUUUCUGCUUCCUGGUACGAGGUUUGAUGAUGAAGGGAGCGGUGGAUGGCAUCGCUCACAUGUUCACCCCUAAGCUGGAAAAGAUGUUGGAGCCGCAGGUGUGGAGAGAGGCAGCCACGCAGGUCUUCUUUGCCCUCGGUUUGGGCUUUGGAGGAGUCAUCGCUUUCUCCAGCUACAACAAGCGAGACAACAACUGCCACUUCGAUGCAGCGCUGGUCUCCAUCAUCAACUUUGUCACCUCCAUCUUGGCCACUUUAGUGGUGUUUGCCGUGCUGGGGUUCAAGGCGAAUGUUAUGAACGAGAAGUGUGUCGUCGAGAACGCAGAGAAGAUCCUGGGCUUCCUGAGCACUGGUGUGCUGAGCAAAGAGCUCAUCCCUCCUCACAUCAACUUCUCCCACCUGUCCACCCAGGACUACGCGGAGAUGUACGGCGUCAUUAAGGCGGUAAAGGAGGACAGCUUCGACCAGCUUGGCCUGGAUGCCUGCGUGCUGGAGGACGAACUCAACAAGGCGGUUCAGGGCACUGGUUUGGCCUUCAUCGCCUUCACGGAGGCCAUGACACAUUUCCCUGCCAGUCCCUUCUGGUCCGUCAUGUUCUUCUUCAUGCUCAUCAAUUUGGGGUUAGGAAGCAUGAUCGGCACCAUGACAGGCAUCACCACACCCAUACUGGACGCUUUCAAGAUCCGCAAGGAGAUCCUGUGCGUGGUUUGCUGUGUCAUUGCCUUCCUGUUGGGCCUGCUGUUUGUGCAGCGUUCAGGGAACUACUUUGUCACCAUGUUUGAUGAUUACUCAGCUGGUUUGCCUCUCACUGUGGUGGUGAUCCUGGAGAACAUCUCUGUAGCCUGGAUCUACGGCACUAAGAGGUUCAUGCAGGAUCUGGAGGACAUGCUUGGUUUCAGGCCGUUUUCCUUCUAUUACUACAUGUGGAGGUACGUGUCUCCAGCUGUCCUGGUGGUGCUCAUCAUCGCCACCGUCAUCGAGAUGGCGGUCAGUCCCGCGGGAUACAACGCCUGGGUGGAGGCCGAGGGCUUAGAGCAUUUCGAGAAAUACCCUCCCUGGGCUUUGACCAUGGCUUACGCCCUCAUUGUUGCGGCCAUGCUGCCUUUGCCCAUCGUCUUCAUCGUCCGCCACUUCAACCUGAUCUCAGACGGCUCCAACAAGCUGUCCGUCUCCUACCGCAAAGGCAUGAUGAAGGACAUCUCCAACCUGGAAGAGCAGGACGAGCAGCGCUUCAUCCUCAGCAAGAACCCCAGCGAGGCUCCCUCCCCGAUGCCCGCCCACCGCGCUUACCUGGGCCCCGGCGGCACUCAGGAGAUGACCAACACCAACUACGGCACCAGCACCAAGACGGGCUACCAGAACAUCGGCUCGCCCGAGUCCGAGCUAUGAUCCACUGAGCUCACAGAUCCUCCCGUCCAUUAAACCCCGGCCCAGCUUGGAGAGAGGGAGACAGAGGAAGAAAGGGAGGAACAGAAGUCAAGAGGGAGAGAAAAUUCACUGCCGAUUGUUGCAGCGUUCAUCACACCUUAACCCCCAGAGCUGAAUCCCUCUAUCCCCCCUUCUCUGCUCCAUCGCUCCCCGCCCGUGGUCCUUCCCCGUCUUCCCCGUCAUAGGAUCCGUGCUGUUAACCGACUGUCAAUCCCAGCUGAGGUGAAGGGAUCAUGGGAAUGUGAGUCUCACCUUAUUUAACCGGCUUUUCCAUCUGUCAAGGUAUUACAGAGGCAGAAAGAGAGGGACGGAGAGGGCAAGAGAGGAAGGAAUGAAGCUUAGGAAGGUCCAGUGUGGGCUUAGAUACAGGCUUUGCUUUUGUAAUAAGCUCUUUGAAGUUAAGGUGUGUGCAAUGCCAAAAUGAUUAAUGUCGUACUGAAAUGUAAUCCCAUGUGUUUACGAGUCUGGAGAAGGUUAUUUUUGAGACAGCUGGAUGUUCCUAGCUCUAGGAGAUCGUCAUCUUACUCUUGUUCAGUUGAGGAUUGUUACUUGUGGGCACAGGAUGGAAGGAGACUCAGAAAAAAAAAUAAAAAUCACUGUAUCACUGUAUGAGAACAUUGCUCAUCUACAGUGUGUAACAAAACUCGAUUACAACUUCAUCCAUAACAGUAUGUAAUAAGUGAUUAUGAUAGUGUACAGUGUUACAAGCACAUUAUAUCUUUAAGUUUCUUGUGCCUAUCAUGCAUCAGCAAUAAUAAGCAGUAAAAGUAGGAUCCUCAUUAAACUGUGGAUCUCCUUCUAUCCUCAUUGCUCCCACGGAUGUAGAAUACUAUACAUAUGUGUUGUGCAAUAGUCUGAGAUGUCACCGUAAAUCGUGUAUAUACACUGCAGUAGUGCAAAUCGAGGGAAAAACUUUUUGCCUCUUCAUCACUUCUCCACGAACACUGAAGCACAGACGCCGGCUAUCGUUAGAAAAUCUCCGAGCCUUAACACAGAGCAGCACUUUUCUUUUAAACAAUCUUCUCCUCGAUAAAAACAAGGCUCCGGAGUUGUCGCCAACAACGCUGUACACAUCGUCUCUUGUGCUGUUCCAGUCGCAGCUGGCCUAGACAAAGCUUUUCCAUUUUAAUCAAUCAUUUUAAUCAAGCGGUUCCAUUUUAAUCAAUGGCCUUAGAAGGGCAGAGGUGGCGGUGCACGAGCACAGAUAAGCAGAGUGGCUUGUUUUUGACGCUCGUCUGUCUCUGUGCUAGGGAGGCAGACAGAGAAGGGAUGGGUAAUGUGAGUUUUGUCGUUGUGUACGUGCAGAUGUGCAUGUGCGAGCGCACAAGCGCUCACAGUGUGUUUGCCGUCUGCCCCUGAAUGAGAGCUCACGGUGACCCAGCCUGUUUAAAAAUAGAGCCAUGUUACCCAGGGGAAGCCGUGGCAACGCACCAUAGAUACGGAUCCUCUUCUGAUGUGGAGGAGGAAGAGGACAGUGGACACCUCGCUUUGUCUGCUGCACCUGCACGGCCGUUUGUUCACCAAUACGGAGAUGAGACAUUUUACCGUCAAUGUCCCACAAGGAUAUCUCUCUGAUGUUGUCUCAGCGCGUCGAGUAAGAGGUUCACUGCCAUGCUGCGCUGUGGAUGAAUCAUACCUCAUCCCUGAGUGACAGGAUAAUGUUUAGGGUUAAUUGUUGUACAUUCCUCAAAUUGUGACCACUAUGGACAUCAUUUCAUAAGCACUUCAGUCCACACUUUGAUGUCUUUUUGUGAACCAAGGCGUGGAAACUAAAGCCUUUUUAUUUUUUAUGUAUAAUAUCGUAUGGCGGUGUAUGUUUAGGGGUAUAUAAUGUGGGAAACGUACCAUGAUUUAACUGUGUGGAAUAAGUGGUAAUACAUGAUUUUCACCACCGGGUGUCUCUGCUCGUCAGCGGAGGAGACAGUGACGUGUGGCCCCUCCCUGCUGAGACAACACCAAUACUUGAGACUGAACAGAUGUAGUGUGAAGCGUAGUCAGUCACAUUGUUUUGGUGCCUGAACAGCGUCUCUGUUGUCUGUUUUGCCUUAUUGGUUUGUCAUUUUGUUUCCUUAAUAAUGUCGUGUGUUUAUGUGUUCAUGUCUAGUUUGGACCAACGUCUCUUCUCAUUCACUUGAGCACUUUAAUUAGAUUAAUGACCCUGGAGUUGUUUGUAAAGCACACGGCUCACAAAAGCUUUGUGGAGUUUAAACAUGAAUCAUAAGAAUGCUGUCACAUACGGUGUAUAUGUAUAUAUAUAUAUAUAUAUAUGUAUGUACAUGGAGGGAGAGAGAGAGAGAGAGAGAGAGUAGAAGGGCUAAAUGCAAAUGAAAGGCACAAGACGAAUGAUGUUUCACAAAAACUAUCUAUGUUAUCACAGAAAAUAUUUGUCUUUGCACACAACUUUUAUUGCAUUUUAAUCCGGCUUCUUAUGAUUUUAAAUUUCUUGGCCUUGUUUUCAUACCAGUGUUGACUGAUGCAGUGCUGCCCCGUCACUAUGUGCUGUAAUAUGUGGCUUCUAACAUGUGGCUGUGAUAUAUAGCUGGGUAUAAACUAAAGUGAUGGUGAGAUAAUAGAAUUCAUUACUGAUCGACCAUAAAAGCACGUAUAGCGUCUAUUUUUUCCACUGUCUUUUAUAGAUUGUAUGUUCUUUAACAUUGUGUCGUCACAUAUUUUGUAUUAAUGAUCAUAAUAAUAAAAGCAUUAGCGCUAUAAGGAAAUGAACCACUGUGAAAACAUAACAGAAGAAAAAGGAAGCGCUCUGGCCACAUUAGCCUCCGAAUCAGGGGAAAAGUGGCUGCUCUCCCUUUUGAACAAGACGUUACAAAUGAGCAUGUAGACAUUAUUAAUGUCUUCAGUUGCUAAAAUGUAGCAUAGACUUACAGAUCUUCUGUGAUAAUAUAUCAGAUGUUUUUUGUUUUUUUGUUUUUUUGUUUUUGGCCUGGAGUUAAAGCACAUUUAGCGAAGCACAGGAACAUGAGCACAAUGGAGUUUCAUGUCUUAGUAGCAGUGAAUUUCACCAGUCAAUGAGCUCAAAAUACUGUGAGUCAGAAACUUGUAGAUCACCUUAGUUAUGGUCUGAUUCCUGCAUCCUCCGAGAGGUGGCUGGAGGAUAAAAGCUGCGCUCUGAAAUGCACUGCACUUCACAGGAAGCUCAACUGCACCACCAGUUUCUCCUUCUGUAGCUACAGACCGAUCUGCACAGUACAGAGAUAUACAGCAUAGAUGACCGACUCCAGCUAAUACUGAUGGUGGUGGAUCUCACACAAAGAGAGCAACAUCACAGCGCACCGGUUUGUACUUUCCUUUAGCAAUGGUAGCGUUCAGAGCUAUAGGUAGGAGUUAUACAUCCCCUAUUUCCACACCAGGCACAGCAGGUCUGGCCUCUAUGUCUAAAAACACUUCCAAGCUGUUGAAAUACUCUGUGGAAAAACAUCCUCUCAUAUUGGUUGAAAUUUGUUUGCUACUAAUAAGGUAUUGACAUUUAGUAUUGAUAUUUCAUAUUUAUUAUUGGAAACAAAGACUCCAACUCCAGGGUCUUUUUGUCUGGUCCAUGUGUCGGCUGUGUUGCAUCACGUACUACAAAGCAACUUCUAGAGCUUAACUCAGUUCAGUUGCUGAGAUUAACUCAACAAAAGUAGAGUAAUAGUGUAUUUAUUUAAUUGUGCAAAUAGUCUUUAUGUGACCAAAACAUAGUUAUAUUUAUAGUAUUUAAGACGAUGUAUUUAAUCUGUACAUAUUGAUGUACAUUCUGAUAAAUUCACACUGAGUAUCUAUAGUGAGAGUGACAGGGAGUAUACUUGAGCUGUAAAUAAUAAUUGUAUAUUUUGAGAUAUUUUUUGAUUUUUGUACUGUAAGUAAUGUUACUUUGGUGUCUGUUGGUUCGUGGUGUUAGUGUGUGGUUGUUCUCAAUCAAAAUAGCUGAGCAACUGUGGCCGUGCGUGUGCGCGUGCGUGCGUGUGUGUGUGUGUGUGUAUAUAUGAGUGUGUGUGUAAAGUAUAUGUAGGUUUUUUGAUGUUUAAAUGUGUGUUUUUUCUCCUCUGUCAGUGUUGUGUGCUGCUGAUCUAAUCCAGUAGAUAAAAUCCUGUCGUUACAGUGAACUGGGACCACUAAUGUAAGCAAUCUCUCCUCUGUGUUUCUCACUGGAACUGCAGUGGCUUCCAGCACAAAACUGGCAACACGAUCAAGAAGAAACGUUUAACUCUAACAGUCAGACAGAAACUUUAGUUUUUUGUUGAAGAGAAUGAAACUGUACAAACAUGAUGUAUGAAGCAACCAGGAAAUUAAAGUUCAAAACCACUUUUAUUAAA